GGUCAUCAAACGAUAGGAUUCAUAGUACGUGUGUAACCACAUUUAAAAGAUAGAUAUCGGCACACGCUUUUCAUGGAUAAAAUGUGUAUAUACCGUAUCGUUAAUAAUUGUUUUCAUACAGGUGUAACAGUUUAUGGAUUGAUCUAGAGAUGCAUUAUAAAGAAGAUUUCAAAUUACAAUCAUAAGGAUCUCUUAGAGGCUUUGAGAACUCUAUGUACUGGUUGAAGUACACCAUGGCUUUAGAAAAAAUGAAAGCUAUGCAGGCAGGGACCAAAAGCAAAGAGAAAAAUGGCAAAUUUGGGAAAGUAAAGCUUCAUAGAAGGGAUACAAAUAGUACAAUCAAUCCUGAUUUAUCCAACUUGCGUAAACCAAUUGAUACAAGUAUAUCUACUUUAUAUCAUAUUAGUAAGCUGCUUGAAGAUAGUACAGAGGAAAUUAAAUCUAUAUUAACUUAUGAAUGUGACAUUAUCUAUGAAUGUCGUAUUUGCCGCAGCUUAUUUAGAAGCAUUGUGAAUUUGAUAUCUCAUAAAAGAGAAUACUGUAAAGAAAAGUUUAAUAUUACACUUCAUAAAAACACAUGGAAUGAUCUCAACAUGAUUUCUACUAUUGAAUCAGCAAUUGAUACAUGUCAAACAGAACAAACAAUAAUGAAAUCUAAUCUUACAAACGAUAGAAUACUUAGGAGCCAAGUCUCUAAAGAAACAUGUAAAAGAGAUCUCACAGGAGUAAUAAGUGCGCUUAUUAAAAAGCAAGAAGAUAUGAGAAAUAACUCUUCUAAUAAAAUAAAAAUUGAAAAUGUGACCACUGAUGCUUCAAGAAAUCAACAUAUUUAUUUGAAAAGUAUAGCAACAAAUAGUUGUGCAGUAUAUCAAACUAUCAAAUCACCAGAUACAGUAGCCAAUGUGGAUACUGACUUAGCAGCUAAAGAGAUAAUGAAACUUCAAAAUAUAAUGAAGCAGAAUAAUACUACAUUAGAACAUAAGAACUACAUUAAGAAUAAAAAUCAAUUAGAAAAGAAUGAUAGUCCUAUUCAAGCUAAUCCGAGUAACGAAGGGGAUAAAUUGCCAUUAGAUAGGACGCUAUCGAAUAGCUUGAUCUGCGCUAUAUGUAAUGCAAAUUUUUCAACGAAGAAAACAUUAACUUUUCAUGUUAAAACACUGCACACAUCCCAGCGCACAUGUUACACCUGCCCUUGCUGUGCAAGUACGUUUGCAAACACUUGGAGUGUUCAUCGACAUUUGUUCAAAGUUCAUAAGAAAAAUCACGAGCAAGUGCGUAAGUUAAGAUUGAAAAUUCAAGAGGUACCAUUUAGUAUGGAAGCAAUCACGACACAAGAUUCAAAGAAAAGUCGUGCAACCGGGACAUCUGCUGCUGGAAAAAUAAAGCAUACUAACGAUCUCGAAAAUGACGAUAAGGCACAGAAAACAUUUUAUUCGAAAAAUGAUGUCGAAGAUUCAGGUUGCAACAAAUGUGGGAAGAAGUUUGAUACAAAGACAGCUUUGUCUGCUCAUUCGCAGCAUUGUCAAACAUUAAUCGCUGCAUGCGACCAAGUUACAACUAAAAUCAAUCAGCCUAAUAGCAGCACUUUAUCAAACUCAGUACUUAACAACGAUACAUUAUGUGAGUUGAAUGACACCGAUGAAUCGAAAGCUAACUUUGAACGCAUGUCAUCGUCAUCUCCUGAGAUAAUCGGCGAGUAUCGCAAAGCAGCCACUCGUAUGCAACCUGUUUCUCUUAGUACAGAAGAUUGGGAUACGUUAGAACACUACGAUAAUCAUUCGUCCAAACGCAAUUCACCAGAUCAUAAUAACGUUCGUGCGAGAAUUGCGCCAUCGACAAUCCAUGAAAAUUUCGACGAUAGCGAGCCACCGAUUCUUGAGCCCAUCGAAAAUCCACAGUCUUCCAAUAUUGUACACGGAGAUACGAGCAAAACCAAGGCCGUGGGUUUAGAGGUCAUACGUAGAAAAGGCAGCACCCUAAGUUGCAGGAAGAAAAAACGGAAGAUUACUUUGAAAAGGAAAACACUCAUGAGAGUGGAACGAAGCGAUUUUACAGCGGUACGGCCGAGUAAAAUGGAGCAGAAUUUAUCAAUGGAGAGUAAGAUGGCUGCGAUCUCGAAUUUGCAGAAAAUGCAGUGUCUUUUAUGUCAACGAAAGUUUACGUCCAUGACAAGUCUACGUAGGCAUAUGGCAAUUCAUAUUGGGUGGUAUCGCUAUCGCUGCAAAUUAUGCGACUUCAAGUGCUUCUUCAAGUGUGAUUGCGUUGUACAUUGCAAUAAGAUGCAUAACACACAGAAUAGUCAUGCAUUUAUGGCGGAGAUGGUGAUCGAAAUACCACAGAGUGAGUGUAAACGUAAGGAGAAUAUUGUUGCCAUGAUCACAGAUAUAAAGAAGAUAGAUGAUCCUGAUGACGCGGAUAAGACUAUGUCGUACUCUCAGUCAGAAAUACGGGAAGAUCUUAGCGGUUUGAACGAUACGAAUACGUGUGUUACUGGAAAAAAUGAGGAAGCUGCUAUAACGGGUACGAUGAAGGUUCCUACGGAGGAAUAUAGAUGUAAGGAGAACAUUGUUACGGGCAUGACGGAGGUGAAGAAGAAAACAGACUACCCCGUUGAUAAAACUGCAUCGUUCUCUCAGUCGGAAAUGCGCGAAGAUCUUAGCUUUUUGAGCGAUACGACGAGUACGCGUGUUGCUGGAAAAAAUGAGGAAAUUACUACGACAGGUAGUACGACGAAUGUUCCUACCGAAAAGAAAACCGAUGGGACCGCGACGCUCUGUACAAAUCUGGAAGAGUACAUGGAGAACCGUGCUCUGGGAAAAUUGAACGUUCAUUCUGAUCUCAAGCGGAUGGUGAUGGAGGUGAUAUUGGGCCCGACUGACACAGACAGCGCGACCAAACAGACGGAUUCGGAGAAGUCGUCAGACAUCAGUAAUGAGGCGGAGAGAGAUACGUACUCGAACGACAAUGAAAAUAGCACCGCGCCUAUCGACGACACUGGGCUAACGUAUUGCUCGAUAACAGACGGUUCGAAGUCUCAACGUCCGAUGCGUAAACGAAUAAAGCCGUUGAGAAAGGAUUUCAUAUAUGACUUGAAGGACAUACAACUUCGGAAGGAGUCCUGUAAGGGCACGUCGUCGUUUUCACUUGGCAAAUCAUCAGCAAAACAUCAUUUGUGCGACUCUGAAACUUUGGUGAACGCGCGAAAGAAAACCAAAUUGCAUCAUAGAACAUUAAAUUCUAAUUGAUUAAUAUGAUGAUAAUAAUGAAUUGUUUUGGAACUUCCUUUAAAAUGUUAAUACAUUGAGCAUAAUAACUAAGCUCUGUUGUCCUCGAUAGUUUAAUUGAAAAUUGUAUAAGGAAUAGAAAUAUCCAUAUGUAAGGAAAAUUAAGGGUAAAGUCUAUAUAAUUCUAUUUCUGUAUAGCGGGGUCUACAAUGAAGAUUUAAGUUUCAAGCUUUAAAAAAUUGACUAACCACAAUCGACUUUUACAAGAAUAUUCAACUGUGUUUGGUCAAUUUCUUAAAGCUUAAAUCUUCAUUGCAGAUCCUGUUUAAAGGAUUUUUAGUUCCAAUUAAAGGAUUUCAAUGUUGAA